UGGAUCGUACACGUAUUUCCGUGCAUGUUUCUACAGCAUCCAAAAAGGAAAUCCCACUUCCCAUUUUCCUCCCCCUUCAUCUCGCUCUACAUGCUUGGGGCGUCCGCGGCAAUGGCGAAGGAAAUGGAACUAGAGGAGGCGGACCUUCUGGACCCGACCCCCGACAUCCACGCCCUCUUCUGCCACUACGACUCCCUGUACUUCGAGGACACCCUUGGCGCCUGCGUCGUCAAAUGGAGCUCUCCUCGCAUGACCAGAUGUGCUGGAACAUGUCAUUAUCAGAAAGGAGGUGGCUGUGAAAUACACCUCUCAGAGCCUUUACUAAAACUUCGUUCAAUUUCUGAUCUCAAGAACACUUUAUUACAUGAGAUGAUUCACGCAUUUUUAUGGAUUACAAAAAGGAACAGGGGCCAUAGCGAUCACGGCCCAAGUUUCCAGGCUAUUAUGAACUCUAUAAAUUCCAGCUCAUUGACAGAUCACCAGAGACCUUCUGGUGGGUACAAAAUCACUAUCUACCAUGACUUUCAUGAGGAAGUUGACAGCUACAGAGUUCAUCAAUGGAUUUGUGAAUCUUGCGGGGAUUUGAUCAAGAGAUCCAUGAACAGACAACCUUCGGCUAGUGACUGCCUUGAACAUGUAGGCCAUGUUGAAUUUUGUGGCAACUUGUCAUGUCACUGGCAUAGACACAUGAUGUCAUGCGGUGGUAGUUAUAUGAAGAUAGCAGAACCACCUGCAUUUAAAGACAAGCGAAGGGUUUCAAAAGGGGUGCAAGAGCUUCAAGAGGACGAAGGUUCGAAACUAUUAUCCUAUGUGACUAGAGAGAGUAGUUGGAGAAUGCAAAAGAGUACAAAUGUUAAAGGGUCAAGCAAAAUAACAAAUUUCUUCUCAUUUGUCCAUGAUGUGAACCGAAAUUUAGGCAGUAGUUCUCCCUCUGAUAAUUCCUUUCAGAGGGAUAUCAAGUCUACAGAGUUGAUGGCGAUUGAAUUGCAGACUUGGAUUCAUGCUAUGGCUCCUGAAAUACCUAAGCAAGCAAGAACACCAGCAUGCAGGAAGAAGCGCAAGUUCCCUUUGAAGCAAGGAGAUGUCAUAAGGCCCCACCUGAUUCCUAGAAAGGAAAAGAAGCAGGAGUUCACUUGCAAGAGGAAAAGAAUUGAUAAACUCAAUAAUGAGUUCACAGUUAUUAGCAAAUGGUUGGACUUUUAUGCAGAUGAAGAAACAGGUGAAGACAUGGAACCUUUAGUCAAUAAGAGAUCGGAGAGGAGGAAAAAGCAAAAGCUGCUGAAACAUCAAAUGGCAAGAGAACCAGACACAAAGUCCGUAGAAAUUGCUUGCCUCCCCUAUGUAGGCAAUUGCAGCAAACGUGGAGAUAGAUAUUGUCCUUCACCAUGCCAUAGAAGUGGGGGGCAAUGGAGACCAAGUACCAUAGCAAAGAGUGAAAUGGAAGUAUAUGAGAUUCCUGUGGGUGCAGGCACUGAGCAACAGCCUGCAAGCUUCCAAGCAUGUGUAGAGAGUGGAAAUAAUACCAGUGUUUCUGGUCACUAUAGGAGUACGAAGAAUCAUAAUCUCUCCAAAGGUGAAUUGCCCUUGAGUUCUCAAGUUAGAGAUAAUACUAUAGAUAUUAUAGAUAUCUCUGAUGGCUGAGCAAUAGGGCUUGGUUCUGUUGUCGAUGCACCAUAGUUGCAAUAUUCACCUGUUCUGAGUAAUGAAAGCUGCAGGUUUGUUUUGUUAUUCUAUUUCACAAUAUAACACUUGAGUUUUGGGGCAAAUUUUACAAGUGUUUUUUGUGAACAAAUAGAGAAAAGCAACUUCUUAGCAUCAAGCUUGGUCAGGUACCCAUACAAGGUCCGAUGAAGAGUUUCUAAGAGAUGGGCACAGAGAGUAGGCAUUUUUUUCCCCUCUGGAGGAGUGCAAACAAGUUUUCUAAGUGAUAUUUGUUAUAUAUGUUGGUCUCGAGGUGUUGUGUUGCAGAUGUCUUCGAAUCCUUAACUUUUUAUGUUUAAUUUUAAAUCAGUUUGAUUUAUUUC